CCGAGCGAAAAAAACCUGCGAGUGGGCCUGGCGGAUGGGAUUAUUAAAGCUUCGCCGGAGCCGCGGCUCGCCCUCCCACUCCGCCAGCCUCCGGGAGAGGAGCCGCGCCCGGCCGGCCCGGCCCCCAGCCCCAUGGACCUCCGAGCAGGGGACUCGUGGGGGAUGCUAGCUUGCCUGUGUACUGUCCUCUGGCACCUCCCUGCAGUGCCAGCCCUGAAUCGCACAGGGGACCCGGGGCCUGGCCCCUCCAUCCAGAAAACCUACGACCUCACCCGCUACCUGGAGCACCAACUCCGCAGCUUGGCUGGGACCUACCUGAACUACCUGGGCCCCCCUUUCAACGAGCCUGACUUCAACCCACCUCGGCUGGGGGCAGAGACCCUGCCCAGGGCCACCGUCAACCUGGAUGUGUGGCGAAGCCUCAACGACAAACUGCGCCUGACCCAGAACUAUGAGGCCUACAGCCACCUGCUGUGCUACUUGCGAGGCCUCAACCGCCAGGCGGCCACGGCCGAGCUGCGCCGCAGCCUGGCCCACUUCUGCACCAGCCUCCAGGGCCUGCUGGGCAGCAUCGCGGGGGUCAUGGCGGCUCUGGGCUACCCUCUGCCCCAGCCUCUGCCCGGCACUGAGCCCACCUGGGCCCCUGGCCCUGCCCACAGCGACUUCCUCCAGAAGAUGGACGACUUCUGGCUGCUGAAGGAGCUGCAGACCUGGCUGUGGCGCUCAGCCAAGGACUUCAACCGGCUCAAGAAGAAGAUGCAGCCUCCCGCGGCUGCAGUCACCCUGCACCUGGAGGCCCGCGGCUUCUGACCUCUGACCUUCGCCACCUCCCCACUCCCCUGCUCCUUCAAACCCUGCGCCCGCUCGGGGAGGGAGAAACCUGUAUGCCAACACUCGUUGAGCCAGGAGACAGAAGCCAUGAG